AUGACCACUCGAGCCUUGUGCGACCUUGACCCACCCCCUGCCCUGCCGAUUCCCUCAGACGAUUGCCCGGCAUGGAACCCGGGUCCCGGCGGCGGCAUCGAGGGCAGCGAGGGCCCUGAGUUCUGCGGACAGCAGCGACGCUACCUCUGCUGCUACAGGAAAGGCGGGGGGCUGGCAGUGGAGCCGCACAGACCUGGGGCUGGAUUCCAGCACAGCGACCUUGGGCAUGCUCCGGCUGUGGCUGUGGUUUUCCUCCCCUGGGCAUCACAUGAUGGGGAUGGGGUCGCUGAGCAGGCUGGCAUCUACCUCUCUACAGAGACCUACUGGCAGCUGCAGGACGUCCAGUCGUGGCCCGGCCAAGAUGUGAUCAGCAGAGUCAAUGCACUGGCCGAGGACACUGUGCUCCUGUCAGACCCCCUCUCUGAAGCCCCUGGGCCGCUGUCCCUGGACAAGGCCUGCAGCUUCCUGAGCAUCCUGGAGAGAGUGCUGGUACAGGAGCCCACGCUGGGCCCUGCAGCGCUGCUGGCUGUCCUGUGCUUCCUGAAGAGGGCGUCAGCCCUUGGCGCUGGGGAGCCAGAGCCUUUGGAGGGGCCCUGGGAGCAGCUGGGCCGGGGCAUCAUGUCUGUGAUCAGCCUGGUCCUGGAAGAGCAGUUGGCUGGUGUGUGGCUGUCCAUCCCCAAGGUUCCUGAGCACACAGGUGGGCUCAGCCAUCCUCUCCUCCGAGGUGUGGGACGCUGCCGGGCCAGUCAGCACUGCCGUGACCUUCCACCUGCAGCACCAGGCCCAGGCCUUCCCCAGGAAGUUGGUGAAGCCUGUCUGUGCUUUCUGGAACUUCAGUACAAGCCCAGAGACAGGGGGAUCCUGGGCCACUACCGGCUGCUCCGUGCUCGCCCUGUACCAGGACUCAGCUGCCUGCUUCUGCAACCACAGCACCAACUUCGCCAUCCUGCCACAGCUGUAUGAUGUCCAGCUGAGAGGGACU